AUGCUACGUAGAUGGGUAGCUGAAAAGAGACAACGUGAAAAUGAAUCUGGAGCAUUUGACAUGUUUUACUAUCAUAAGAGCAAAAAAUAUCCUUCUAUUUUGGAGGUAAGAAAAUAUGUAUUCAAAGAUUUAUCAAAGUUUGAAGUUGAUCAAGAAACCACUGAAGUAAAAGAGGUUGGGGUUAUUAAAAAGCACUACAUGAAAAGAAAAGUUGAACAUUCCAUCUUGAAAAGGAAGUGUACCACAAAGAAACAGAAAAGCAACAACUAUGUCAAGAGGGAGGUCAAAAUGUUUCUUGGUAAAGCAAUGAACAACCUCAAGAAUAGGGAUGUCAAACACAUAAAUAAGGUUCAGGUAAUUGUUGGAGGUCUAGUUGGUGACGACGACAGAGCUAGUAAUGGUGUAAACAGUGGUAGCAACGAAGGAGGGAGAGGCCAUUGA